AUGAAUUAUACUUUCUGCCUUAUCAAACCCUUGCGGCCUUUUUGUUCAUUUGAGUUCUUCACUCUAGUGCCCACUGAGGGUGACAUCUCUCUCGAAGAGCUAGCAAAGAAGGCUGGACUCGACCAGGACCGAACCAACCGUGCAAUCCGCAUGCUGAUAACACAGCGGAUAUUCCAGGAGACCAAGGGUGGCUAUUUCGCUCAUAAUGCAUUCUCCAUUGCUCUCCAAAGGGACAAGGACCCGAGGUCCAUGGUGCACUACUCAUUCGAUGAGACGCUCAAGGCCAGCGCCAACACCAGUGAUGCCAUCAAGAAGGUGCCCUUUGAAGCCGACAGUGUGCACUGGCCGUUCUACGACCGUUUCGGAAUUCCCAUCUUCAACUACUAUAAAGAGCACCCUGAAUACUCUGCUCGGUUUGCCAAGGCAAUGCAAGGUUGGCGAAAGCUGACUUCAAACAUAAACGAAUUAAGAGACAAUUACCCCUGGGCAGACCUUCAAGGGACGGUCGUGGACAUUGGAGGCGGCAGUGGCCACGUAGCGAUGGAGCUGGCUCGCGCCUUCCCUCACCUGAAGUUCGCAGUCCAGGACGGCGACGCAUCAAUGCUGGCCGUCGGCGAGAAGAACGCGCCAGCCGAUCUGCGCGACCGCCUGAGCUUCACGCAGGCCAACUUCUUCACGGCGCAGCAGUAUAAAGGCGCGGCGGCGUACCUGAUCCGCCAGUGCACCCACAACUGGGCCGACCACGAUGUGAUCACGAUGCUCAAGGCGAUUGUGCCCGGCCUGGAGGGCUCGGCCCCGGGCACGCCGUUACUCAUCAACGACAUGAUUAUGCCUGAGCCCGGGGCCAAGGGCGUGCCGCGCAUGUGGGAGCGCGAGCGCAGGCAGGCGGAUAUGGUCAUGCUGGUGUGUUAUGGCGCCAAGCAGCGGACUAUUUCGGAGUUUCAGGGGCUGCUCAAAGAGGCGGAUCCGAGAUAUGCCAUCCGCAAGGUGCAUGCUGAGAGGGGUGCACUGGGAAUACUUGAGGUGUUCCUGGACAAACUUGGUCAACUAAGCAGUGCAUAG